AAAAUUAAAAAUUCCUCACAAAAAAUCACACUCCCUCACUUUGUACUUCCGCUCAACACAUUUAUACCCACAAGCAAAUCAAAUCACCUCCUCAUUCGGACUCCAAGCUUCGAGAAUCAAUCGGAAUUAAUGGAUGGGCAUGAUGGAGAUAGUUCAAAACAAAGCACUGAUAUGACUGUAUUUGUACAAAAUCUUCUUCAACAAAUGCAAAGUAGGUUUCAGGCAAUGUCUGAAUCUAUCAUUUCAAAAAUUGAUGAGAUGGGCAAUCGGAUUGAUGAAUUGGAGCAGAGCAUUAAUGAUCUGAGGUCAGAAAUGGGUCAAGACGGGUCUCCAUCACCAUCAGUGGCAUUGAAGUCCAAGGAAGAGCCCAAGUCGGAAAGUGAUUCAGCGUAAAACUAUGCAUACUGUAGUAUCUAGAUAUGGCUGGACGGGCUUUUGUCAUGUUUGGUAUGAUUUCCAUAAGAUUAUUUUGCUAUAGUGGGUUAACUCUUGGAAUUUCAGCAUCUUAAUUAUAUUUUCUUUAGAACCGGAUUUCACAAGGAAAAUUCUCCAAAUGCCAUUUGGUCUUUCUUGAAUUUGUUGUAUUCUCUAUAUGUAGUGUAAUAUACUUGGGAGCUUGUUCAAGCCUAUCCAUGUGGUUU